UUCGCGCGCAGCCUCUCUGCUUUGUCCUCCUCUCGCCAUGCACGCACGCGGGGCAAGAAAAAUGGCGAAUCUCCGACUCGAUCGGCCAUUGACGCCCUACCCUUCCUCUCUUCCUCCUCCUUGACCCCGUCUCCAGCUUAUCUGCGCCACCCUCUCGCCCGCCUCCCUCCUUUGCCCGCCUCUCGUCUCAAAGUCAGAACGCAACGGCCGGCCGCCUCGAGCCGGAACGCAACGGCCGGCCGACGACGACGACCAAGCUAGCUAGGGCGGGUCGGCAGCAGAGCAGACAUGGGCGGGGGAGGAGGGGGCGGCAACUCGAGGGAGCUCGACCAGACGCCGACAUGGGCCGUCGCCUCCGUCUGCGGCGUCAUCGUCCUCAUCUCCAUCCUCCUCGAGAUGGGCCUCCACAAAGUCGGAGAGUUCUUCGCGCACAGGAAGAAGAAGGCCAUGGUGGAAGCCCUUGAGAAGGUCAAGGCAGAGCUGAUGGUGCUGGGGUUCAUCUCGCUGCUGCUGGUGUUCGGGCAGAGCUACAUCAUCAAGAUUUGCAUCUCCGAGGCUGCCGCCAACACCAUGCUCCCAUGCCGCCUCAAGAAGGCCACCGUCGAGGUCGAGAUCACCAAGGAUGGCCACGGCGCCGCCGCGGGCACUGCCAACGGGGAGCACGGCCCCGCCGCGGGCGCCGCCAAGGAGGAGCAUUUCAGCCUCGGCACCCAUCCCUUCACCGCCGCCUCCUUCAGCGUACCCCACAGGAUGCUCAGCGAGGCCAACAUGAACACCAAAUGCCCUCCGGGGAAGGUGUCCCUCAUAUCGAUAAACGCGCUGCACCAGCUGCACAUCUUCAUCUUCUUCCUGGCCGUGUUCCAUGUCUCCUACAGCGCCACCACCAUGGCGCUCGGCAGAGCCAAGAUACGAGGAUGGAAAGAGUGGGAAAAAGAAGCAGCGGGCCAAGAUGACGAGCAGUCUAAUAACGAUCCGUCGCAAUUCAGGUUCACGCACGAGACGUCGUUCGUGAGGCAGCACAUGAACGUCCUCAACAAGACCCCGGCGUCGUUUUACAUCAGCAACUUCUUCAGGCAGUUCUUCAGAUCCGUCCGGAGGGCCGACUACUGCGCUUUGCGCCACAGCUUCGUCAACGUUCAUUUGGCUCCGGGCAGCAAGUUUGAUUUCCAGAAGUACAUCAAGAGGUCCCUCGAGGAUGAUUUCAAGGUCAUCGUCGGGAUCAGCCCUAUUCUGUGGGCGUCUGCACUGACCUUCCUGCUCAUCAACAUCAACGGGAUGCACACCAUGCUCUGGAUAUCCAUCAUGCCGCUGGUGAUCAUCCUGUUGGUGGGCACGAAGCUGCAGGGCAUCAUCUGCCGGAUGGCGAUCGACAUCACUGAGCGGCACGCGGUGAUCCAGGGGAUCCCGCUGGUGCAGGUCAGCGACAGCUACUUCUGGUUCAGCCGCCCCACCUUCGUCCUCUUCCUCAUCCACUUCACCCUCUUCCAGAACGGCUUCCAGAUCAUCUACUUCCUCUGGAUCCUGUACGAGUACGGGAUGGACUCGUGCUUCAACGACUCCAAGAAGCUCGUCGCCGCCCGGCUCUGCCUCGGGGCGGUGGUGCAGGUGCUGUGCAGCUACGUGACGCUGCCGCUCUACGCGCUGGUGUCGCAGAUGGGGUCCACCAUGAAGCAGUCCAUCUUCGACGACCAGACCUCCAAGGCGCUCAAGAGCUGGCGCGCCGGCGUCAAGAAGAAGCCGGCGGCCAACUCCAAGCACGGCUCCGGCUCGCCCUCCGGGAGCCCCCACUCCGGCAGCCCCAAGGGCGACGAAGGCGGCGGCAGCACCGGCAUCGCGCUCACGCAGAAGCACGGCGACGACGGUGCGCCAUGAACCAUGAUAUAUACGCAGCCCCAGGAUCCAUGAUCCAUGAUCCAUGGUCCGUUGGAUCGAGUACGACGUUUGAUUCUUUGUAUUUGUACCAGUACACGUAGCAGCAAGCAAACACGUCUAUACAUACAUGUGUGUGUGUGUGUGUCAGUGUAUAUGUAUGUACGCAUCUGUGCAUAGUUUACCUAGGACAUGCAGGAAGGGAGGAGUUACAUCUUUUUUCUUGUUAUUACUUCCACGAUUUAAACUAGGGUGUUGUUGUUGUUGUAUUCAUAUCGACUGAUUAUUUUGCUAACUUGAUUGAAAGGUGUAAUUGCAGUUCAAACAGACAUGAAUGACG